GAUUCUGCGUCGAACCUUUGUGCGCUGCAGACGUUAUUUCAAAGCGGUUUUUGCGGGUUUGUCUUUUUCUUUGCGUUUUUUUCUUGCCCACCUAACGUCGCGUGAGUUAACGGCCAUCGAGGCAUUGUGGCAAUCAAAAUCAAACACAAUUAGCAACCGUAAAAUAUUUAAUAUUACGCAUACGCCAGAGAGAACACAGAGUUAAGUAGUGUGAUAAUCAUGAGGGAGACCAAGGUAUUGGAGGAUGGCGAAGUCUCAAUGCUAUCCGAAUCACUGCUGAAGAUUGCCAAACGUGAGCUGAGGGAGGACAAGUGCACGCGGGAGCAGAGUCUGGAACAGCUGCGCAAUUGGGUGCUGAAGAACGAGGAUCUGCUGAAUGUGCGCUGCGAUGACACAUUCCUGUUGCGCUUCCUGCGCGCCAAAAAGUUCAGCGUACCAAUGGCGGAGCAGACGCUGCUCAAGUAUCUAAACGUUAGACGCACCUUCCCGCACAUGGCCACCAAGCUGGACUUUCUGGAGCCGCGACUCGGCGAUGUCAUUGAGCAGGGAUACAUAUUUGCGGCGCCAAAGCGGGACAAGAAUGGCAGGCGGGUGGUGAUCAUCAAUGCCAAAGGAUUGAAUCCAAAGUAUCACACCAGUAGCGACCAGGCGAAGGCCCAUUUUCUCACAUACGAGUGCCUGAUGGAGGAUCAGGAGACACAGAUAACCGGUCUAAGUCAUGUGGGUGACUUUGCUGGAGUGACCACCUCACAUGUGACCAACUGGAAUCCCACCGAAUUCGCACGCAUCUUCAAAUGGGGCGAACAAUCACUGCCGAUGCGCCACAAGGAAAUCCAUCUGAUCAAUGUGCCCUCCACACUGAAAUGGCUGAUUGACUUUGUCAAGAAUCGCGUCAGUUCCAAGAUGAAAAAUCGUCUGAUUAUCUACGGCAGCGAAAAGGAGCUGAUGAAGGGCAUCGAUGCCGACUGCCUGCCCCUUGAGAUGGGCGGCUCCAUGCCGAUGCGCGAUAUGAUUGAGCUGUGGAAACAGGAACUGGCUGCCAAAAGGGAACUGGUGCUAGCGCUGGACUCGAGUACGCUGCUCACAGAUCGUGGCAUACAGCGACGCAGUAGCUACAAUUCGGAAAAGGCCAACCAGGGCACCAAUUUCGUCUCACAGAUCGAGUCCAUUGAGGGCAGUUUUCGGAAACUGGAAUUCGAUUAGGCUGCUGGCUGGCAGACUUCUGAUACGCAGCGAUCAGGCUGAUAGAUAGACAAUAAGUUAAUGUAUAGUAGGCAUUAUCCUUAACUGUUAAAUGGCACACAUGCAGCGCUACGCUUUGGCCAUGGCUCAUCUGCCCGGCUGACUGGCUGGGCUGGGAGCAGGGCACUUCGCUUCGCUUUUCUGGUGGCACCCCGCUUUAAUAAUCCUGCGCUUCUUUUGUAAACUAUUUUUUAUGUGGCGUACAAUAAAAACAAACAACAUAAUCAAGAGGAA